AUGCGGUUGAACAUAUAUCAGCCACUCCUUCUGGCGGUGGGCGCCAAUAUUGCCCUAUCCACUCAUUGGAAUUAUUGGAACCAUGCGCAUGGAAAGCUGUUGCAUCAUGCGCAACAGUUGGAACCGCGCGGAGAUCUGCUGGAGUUGAACGGGGAUCAAAUCCCGGCCGACCUGGUGGAGCUUCGGUAUACCACGACCACUCUUUACCAAGAUUGUCUUCCCACAAGUACGGCUUUUAUCACGGUGACAAUAUGCGAGGAUGAACCAUCUGCGCCGACUCAAUCGCUACCGCAAUUCCCUACAAAUGUGGUGCAAGCCCAGCCACCCCCCGAAGAGACCACGGUGGUGCACUCGACGAGGACGAGGACAAUUACCGUCACCGAGCCGAGCACCGAAACUAUCACAUUGAUCUCUCAACACCAUAGUACGAGUACUGCCAUUCCUGCUGAUGCUCCAAGCCCACCAGCGGUCAUUCCGUUCCAACAUGUCCCCAACGUUGCUUUCACACAAGCGGUGACACCGACCCAUCUGAGCACGACAAUCACCACUUCUAUCCCCGGACUGGGAAGCGCCACUGUCAGCGUUGCAGCGGAUGUAGGUGACGCCCCGUCUGGAUCCGCCUUUGUCGGAGAUAGACCAGUACCAGCCCCAACAAAGGUCGAACAAGGACCGGGACUCCUCCCGACCCUUCCACACUUACCACAACUGCUCCCUACAACAGUCAUUCCCAACUUACCGAUCCCGUCCCUGGACCAAGUCUUUCACCCGGCGAACCCGUCCAUCCCCUCAGAUUUGCAGUGGACGUCGCUCCCCAAAGACGGCGCAUUUUCUACCAAGGGAUUCGGCGGCCGCAGCAUACCACACGGAAACAGGAUCAAGUACGAGGGUAACGUGGGCAUCCCUUGGGGCAGCAACAUCAUCUCCGUGAGCCCCACCGAAGCCCAUCGCUACAAGUAUGUCGCGCAGUUCACAGGCUCGAAUGACCAGCCCUGGACGGUGGUGAUCUGGAACAAGGUCGGUCCUGACGGCAAGAUGGACGGAUGGUACGGCCACUCCGCACUGCAAUUCGUUCUCGCACCGGGUGAGACGCGCUAUGUUGCGUUUGACGAGGACUCGGAGGGAGCGUGGAGUGCGGCGCCGGGGACGAAGGGGGUGCCGCGCGAUCAAUGGGGUGGGUAUAUCUCCACCUGGGGCGAAUUCUCCUUUGGGGACCAAGAGAAUGAUGGGUGGUCAGGGUGGGAUGUGUCGGCUAUUCAGACUCAAAUUGCCCAUGGCCCUGUGGAAGGGAUGAGGAUCUGUAUGGCGGAUGGGAAGGGGUGCUCGAUCAUCACGCCUGGCGCUGAGAGGGUUGUUGAUGCGUAUACUGCGGCGAAGCGCCAUCAUGAUGGGAUUGGGGGAGCCGCGUCUCCGGGACCUGUGAGGCUGACGGUGGAUCUGGAUUAUAAGGAGUAA